GCCCCGAGCCCGCCCUGCAGAGCUGGGGCGGUCCAAGCUCGGUCCUGGACCGUCCGAGGCCAGCAGACCCCGAACCGGGUCUUUAGGGAAACCCUCGAGCGCGGAGGCUUCUGGGGAAUAAAGUUCCCACCGGCGGCCCUAGUCCUGUUUCGCGCAUGCGCCAUCCUCCGCCUCGCAGCAAGGGGCGGAGUCUGCAGGGGCGGUGGGCAGGGUUUCCGGCGCCUGCGCAGUGGGCCUCUGUCGUCCACCUCUGAAAUACGGGGUCCCGGGCUGGGUUCCCCCCACAUCCGGUGCUGCAUCGUAGAACUCAUGUCUGGACAGGUCUAACCGGCCGCACACAUGCCAGCCCAGUCACCCUGGCCUCUGGGCCACGUCCGACUUGAUCCUGCCCGUCCUGGGGGUUCCCCCGGGCGCCAAAGACGAGGGGUGCGGGUCCGGGCCGCACCCCACUGCCCCGGUCACCCCAGGAGGAGCUCACCAGUGCCAGGCCCGGAGCCCAGUGCUCACAGCCACUGCCACCCUACACACAGCGACCCUGUGUGGCUAACGCUCCGCGCCGCCUUACAGAUGAAGGUGGGAGGGGGUGCGAGGGCCGAGGAUGGGACCCUGGGGCGGACUUGUGCCCCCCAGCCCGCCAACCAGAGGGAAAGUGUGGUUUCAGAAAUGAGCUGGAAACGUCAUUUGUGCAUGAAGCCCAUGUCGCCAAUUGUAAGGAGGGAAAAGGCGGCUGCCGGUCUCUCAGCUCACAAGCACGGGGACCUGGCCCAGCAGAGGAGAGGAGAGACUGCUGCCAUCGCCACGUCAGGCUGGGCCAUGGACCCCCAUGAGAUGGUCGUCAAGAACCCGUAUACCCACAUCAGCAUCCCCCGGGCUCACCUGCGGCCUGACCUGGGGCAGCAGCUGGAGGUGGCUCCCUCCUUGGAGCCACAGCCUCUGCCUGUGGAGUCCUGCACCCCAGAGCCCACCAGACUCCUGCAGCCCACAGAGGAUGCCUUAGGGCCCAAGGGCGCCAAGGGGGCCAAGGGGACUGCCCCUGUCCAGGGCCAGCAGGCCUGGCAGCAGCCAGGCAACCCCUAUGGCAGUGGGCAGCGCCCAACAGGACUGACCUAUGCUGGCCUGCCGCCCAUCGGGCACGGCGAUGACAUCGCCCACCACUGCUGCUGCUGCCCCUGCUGCUCCUGCUGCCACUGCCCUCGCUUCUGCCGCUGCCACAGCUGCUGCUGUGUCAUCUCCUAGCCCGGCUCUCACUGGGCCAUGGGGCCUGCCACAGGACCCCUGGCAUGACAGGCCCCAGCCUCUGCUCAGGCGGCCAUAGGAGCGCCUGGACAUUUGGGGCAGCCACUGGGCCACUGCCAUGGGCAUCAGCCACCUCCCACCCUGGACAGGGGCACCUACCUGCCAAGAAGGCCAACAUCUCAGCUCUGGCCCCUUGAAACGGAGCCCUGGGCACUGGUCAUGAUGGCAGCCCUAGGGACACCCGUGACCACCUCCCUCCAGGCCCAGGCCCCAGGCAAUAAAGCACAGGG